GAGCAACCCAAGACAACAUCAAUACCUACACCUACAAUCCAUGAGAUAGGCAAGAUGCAGUCCGGAAUAUCAGCCUCUCAGGAGCUGCAGGACCAGUUCAACUCGUUGCUGUCGUCGGACGAUACCUUUGGUCUACUCGCAACCAUUGAGAAAGAGGCUCUGGUCCCCGUUGCUACGAUCCCUUCAAAGUCAAGCUCUUUCUCCGAUAACCUCUCUGGUCUCGAGCCUCACCUUAAGCCUGAUGCCGCUCUCUACAUUAUCCUCCGUCGCUAUGACACCGCUCCUCGAUUCCUAGCCAUUACCUAUGUCCCCGACUCGGCGAAGGUGCGCCAAAAGAUGCUAUUCGCCUCAACACGCUUGACCUUUGUGCGUGAGCUGGGAACAGAGCAUUUCCGAGAGACUAUCUUUGCUACGACAGCCGAGGAAUUGAGCGUGAAAGGCUUCGAGAAGCACGAUGCGCAUAAUAAGCUGGAUGCACCACUCACCGAAGAGGAGCAGCAAUUGGGCGAGGUCAAGCGUGCUGAGCAAGAGGCGGGAUCAGGAACAGGCCACAAGGAGAUUCAUCUGAGCAAGAACUUUGCUAUGCCCAUCUCCGAAGACGCUGUUGCUGCUCUGAGGGAAGUUGGCCAGGACGGUGGCCGAAUCGUGGCGAUGCUGAAAAUCAACCCCGAUACCGAGGUGGUGGAGCUCGUCCCCGAGGCACCCACUCCAAGCGGCAUUGCAGAACUGACGCAGGCCAUCUCCUCAACUGAGCCGCGGUUCACCUUCUACCGCUACACUCACACGCACAACGGUGCCGAGUCGAGCCCCAUUCUGUUCUUCUACACCUGCCCGUCAACACCCGGAAACAAGUCCAUCAAGUUCCGAAUGAUGUACCCCCUGAUGAAGCGAUCCGUUCUGGAGGUCGCUGAGAGGGAGGCUGGUCUUAAGCUUGAGAAGAAGUUUGAGGUGGAGGAGCCUAGUGAGAUUACCGAGCAGUCGGUUUUGGAGGAUUUGCAUCCCAAGGUUGCGGCCCGACAGGGCUUUAGCCGACCCAAGCGACCUGGUCGAUGAAUCUGAGUUCGCGAGAUCUGAGUCAGUACGGUGAAACGUUCAUAUUAGCCGUGCCUUUUUCAGCGCCUACAGUCUGAAACGGAGAAUUAGAUAAACGUUGAAAUUGAUA